AUGUAUCUCAUAAGUGCGAAGGUGUUGGUGACAAUUGUGUGGACUUUAGCGACAAGGACUUGUAGAGGUCUAAGAAACUCAGGACUUCACCCCGUUGCCUUUAUUGAUGCCUUGACAAGAUAUGAGGUUUGGGCAGUACUUUUGAAAGUGCAAAUUUGUAGUGACAUACUAAGAUAUUGGAUUACUUACAAGAGUAAAGAACAAAGUUCCUUGUAUCUGUAUUUGCGUUUUAUAUUCGUUGUUCUGAACUUUGUGUACCUAUCACUAAAAACUGACUGGGAUAUGCGUGGGUCUUUAAAAGAAACGUACUUAAUAGCUAUCAAGGCUAGUACUGAUAAAAUAUUGCUCGCAUGCUCAUUAGAAAUAAUUGAUCCAGAGAAUUGCAGGGAGUAUGUCUUCUGGUUUUUCAAAGUAGGGAUCAGACAUGACAAUGAUAACACAAAGCAGAUGCAAAAUAAUAUAAAAUCCCAUAAAUCGUAUUUGCCAAAAAGUAAGGUUGAUAGGCUAAUGUUUGGCAUGUCAUUGGCUAUAAAAGUUGUUAUUACGCAACCGAGUUGCGCAUACGGAGACUUAAAUGCUACCAUUUCCUACAAUGUUAGAUUUGUUUUUAACUCUCAUAAUUCAUAA